CAUACUUUGCAAAGCAAUAAAUUAAUAGAUCAUAGUAAGUCUUCUAAAGAACGAUCAUACAAAAGAGCUUCAUACUAAGUGAAGAUGGGAACGAGGCAAUGGCCUCGACUGAUCCUUGCAUUGGCAUUUUGCCUAAUAGCUAUGAGUGUUGGUGCUGAUUAUAAGCCUUACUAUGGCCAACCGUCUAACUACUAUCCACGCCCCCCACCACCACCAUAUCAGCAAGUAAAUCCACCCUACUAUCACAAGUCACCUCCAUAUUAUUAUAAAUCUCCACCUCCACCCUCUCCAUCACCACCACCUCCUUAUGUCUACAAAUUCCCUCCAUACCAUUACAAGUCUCCUCCACCACCAUCUUCUUCACCUCCUCCACCCUAUGUCUAUAAAUCACCACCACCCCCACCCCCUUCACCACCUCCUCCAUAUGUUUAUAAGUCUCCCCCUCCACCUUCUCCAUCACCUCCUCCUCCCUAUGUUUACAAGUCCCCACCUCCACCUUCUCCUUCCCCUCCUCCACCAUAUGUCUAUAUGUCUCCUCCUCCUCUUUCCCCUUCUCCUCUCCCACCAUAUGUUUACAAGUCUCCUCCCCCGCCAUCACCUUCACCACCUCCACCUUAUGCUUACAAGUCUCCACCACCCCCAUCACCUUCACCACCUCCACCUUAUAUUUACAAGUCACCACCCCCACCAUCUCCAUCUCCACCACCUCCAUAUAUUUAUAAGUCACCACCUCCACCGUCCCCUUCUCCUCCUCCACCUCCUUCUCCAUCCCCACCACCUCCAUCUCCAUCACCUCCUCCACCAUAUGUUUACAAGUCUCCACCACCCCCAUCACCUUCACCACCUCCACCUUAUAUUUACAAGUCACCACCUCCACCAUCUCCAUCUCCACCACCUCCAUACGUUUACAAGUCUCCACCACCACCAUCUCCAUCUCCACCACCUCCAUAUAUUUAUAAGUCACCACCUCCACCGUCCCCUUCUCCUCCUCCACCUUAUGUCUAUAAGUCCCCUCCACCUCCUUCUCCAUCACCUCCUCCACCAUAUGUUUACAAGUCUCCACCACCCCCAUCACCUUCACCACCUCCACCUUAUAUUUACAAGUCAUCACCUCCACCAUCUUCAUCUCCACCACCUCCAUACGUUUACAAGUCUCCACCACCACCAUCUCCAUCUCCGCCACCUCCAUAUAUUUAUAAGUCACCACCUCCACCGUCUCCUUCUCCUCCUCCACCUUAUGUCUAUAAGUCCCCUCCACCUCCAUCUCCAUCACCUCCUCCACCAUAUGUUUACAAGUCUCCACCACCCCCAUCGCCUUCACCACCUCCACCUUAUAUUUACAAGUCACCACCCCCACCAUCUCCAUCUCCACCACCUCCAUAUGUUUACAAGUCUCCACCACCACCAUCUCCAUCUCCACCACCUCCAUAUAUUUAUAACUCACCACCUCCACCAUCCCCUUCUCCUCCUCCACCUUAUGUCUAUAAGUCCCCUCCACCUCCUUCUCCAUUCCCACCACCUCCAUAUGUCUACAAAUCUCCACCCCCUCCAUCUCCAUCACCUCCUCCACCAUAUGUUUAUAAGUCACCACCACCACCUUCUCCAUCACCACCUACACCAUAUGUUUACAAAUCCCCUCCUCCACCAUCUCCAUCACCUCCUCCGUCAUAUAUUUAUAAGUCACCACCACCUCCUUCACCUUCACCACCUUCUCCAUAUGUAUAUAAAUCUCCACCUCCACCUUCUCCAUCGCCUCCUCCACUAUAUUACUAUAAGUCACCACCUCCUCCAUCACCCUCACCUCCUCCUCCACCAUAUCAUCCUUACCUCUAUAACUCACCCCCACCUCCGGUAUAUUAAGUUUGCGGCUAAAGCAAUUUGAUUUUGUUUCUUUUUCAAUAAAUUAUGUUCAACAUUGUUGCACUUAAUUUGUAAUCACUUAUGUAUUAAUAAAAAGGGUCUACACUAAAGUGAGAGCCUUAUUUUGGCUGUAGUGUAGCCCAUGCGUGUGUAUUGGUUUUAAUUGAUCAAAAGUGUGUUUUAAUCUCUCUUACCAUAUGAAUAUCAAAAUUUGUUCUUCAUU